GAAGAGAAGAGUGAAGUUGCAGUUUAUCUCUCCGUUUUCUCUCCGCAGAGUAACGCCGCAGUGUCGUUUUCUCUCCGUUCCAAUUCUUCAAUUCCAUGGCGCCCAACCUUCUCAACGACUCAGAGGAUAAUAAUAUUCUUAAGCAGUUGAAAGAUGGUACAGCAAAAUUUGAGAUUGUUUCUUCACCUGUUCCUUCCCUUGUUCCUCGUUUUAAUCGGAAUUCAAGCUUUUCUGGAGCUGCAAAUCGUAGCACUCUCUUUUUCGCCAGAAUCGGCUCAUCAUCACAUGGUGGACAGGCAAUGAAGAAACUUGAACGUUUUUCGGUUCAGAAGGUUACAGGGGAUGGACGGUGUCUGUUUCGUGCACUGGUCAAAGGAAUGGCUUACAACAAGGGAGUAGCUCUUAACCAACGCGAGGAGAGAGAAAAUGCAGAUGAAUUAAGAAUGGCAGUCAAAGAAGCUAUAUGUGAAAAUGUAGGAGAUCGUAAGUUAUAUGAAGAAGCCAUCAUUGCCGUUACAGUUGAUGAGCCUUUACAACGUUACUGCAGGCGGAUUUCGCAACCUGAUUUCUGGGGAGGAGAAUCAGAACUAUUGGUACUGUCAAAGUUAUGUAGGCAGCCAAUUAUUGUGUACAUACCAGAGCACGAGCAUCGAGGCGGUGGUUGGGGAUCUGGUUUCAUUCCUAUUGCAGAGUAUGGAAGUGAGUUUAUAAAGGGUUCUAGCAGAAAAGCUGUGAGGUUGCUAUUCAGUGGUAAAAACCAUUAUGACCUUUUGUUAUGAGGAAUUGUAUCAAUGAAGGAGGAAAAAGAAACAUGGUGUCAAUAUAACUCUAGUCAUACUCAGAGUUUCACUUCUGUAAAUGUUAUUCUGAUUAUUUAGGAUUUUUAUAAUUUUAAAAAUGACAUUUGUAUG